AUGGCUGAACAGCUACUAAAUCCCGUAGAGAGGGCUGAUUCCCAACCCGAAAACCCUUAUUCGGCUCUCAUCACCGAUCAAUCGAUCGUCAUCAUCCCUUCUUUCACCCUUGAGUCUGGUGUUACCUUGCACAACGUUCCCGUGGCCUACACGACGAGAGGUCAACUCUCCCCCGAACGUGACAAUGCAUUGGUGAUCUGUCAUGCUCUCAGUGGUAGUGCGGAUGUCGCGGACUGGUGGGGUCCCCUGCUUGGUGGCCCCGGUCAAGCUUUCGAUACAUCGCGCUUCUUCGUCGUCUGCUUGAACAGUCUGGGUAGUCCGUACGGAAGUGCUAGCGCUGUGACCUACAAGGAUGGCGAUCCGUCUAAGGGCUUGUACGGUCCUGAGUUCCCUCUCACCACCGUCCGUGAUGAUGUGAAGUGA